AUGAUUUGUACUAUUGUUCCAAUAAUAGUUGCACAAUAUUGGUUAACCUUCCUUCAAGUAAUUCAGAGAUAUAUUUAUGAAUUGGAAACAAAUAACCUUCGUCGUUGGCAUGUUAGGGCACAUUUAACAAAUGAACAACGUGAUGAGCAUGGAGCUUAUGAAAGACUUUUUUUACAUUUUGCAAAUAAUGAUAGUGAGGAAUUUUACAAUAUGACGAGAAUGAAUGUAAAAUCCUUUCGGAAAUUGUACAAUUCUCUGCGCCAUAGAUUAAUAAAAACCAGUAUAAGGAGGCCGUUAAGUGGGGAACUUCGUCUAGCAAUUACUUUAUGCUUUCUAGCUCAUGGUGAUAGCGUAUUUAAUACAUCAAAUCUAUUUCGGGUCGGAAGAAGCACUACAUACGAAAUCAUUAGUGAAGUUUGCUCUCUCAUUUGGGAAGUAUUGUCUCCCAUAUACCUUGCUUGGAAAUCUGCUGAGGAAUUACAACUUGUUGCUCAUGGUUUUCGUGCGAGGUGGAAUUUACCAAACUGUUUAGGGGCUCUAGAUGGAAAAGAAAUUAUGGUAAAAACACCUCCGCAUUCAGGAACAAUGUUUUAUAAUUAUAAAUCAUACUUUAGUUUCAAAAUUUUGGCAAUAUGUGAUGCGUUUCUACGCUUUACAUGGGUGUGCAUAGGAGAUUACGGUUCUGUAAGUGACUUGUCAACAUUUCGAGAAACAGACUUAUACGAAGCACUGGAAAAUGGCGAGGUCGAUCUUCCCGAGGAUGAUUUUCUUCCUCGUACUAAUGUCAGAAUGCCAUUCUUUUUCAUAGGGGAUGGAAUUUUCGAAAUGCGACGACACUUUAUGAUACCUUAUAAUAGAAAUAAUAUUUUGUCAGAGGAAGAAGCAGUUUUCAAUAAAAGGUUGUCAAGAGGAAGAAAUACAAUUGAGGACAGUUUUGGGCGUUGGGUUAACAAAUUUGCCGUUCUAAGCACUCGUCUUGAUUUUUCAUUAGAUAAGUCGAUAAGCAUUAUUAGAGCAUGUUUAUGUCUGCACAAUUUUAUAAUUGAUGAAGAAUUGAUGGAUAAAAAACCCUAUAACGUUACUGCAUACAUAGCUCGAAACGAAGAAGGAGUUCGUCGAAAUGAACAAAUUGUCGCUCACAAUGUUCCAAAUGAUCCUUAUGAGCAACGAAACAUUUUAGCGGCAUAUUUCACCUCCCCUGAGGGACAAAUUAGAUAUGUUUAA